CCUCCACAACACACUCAACUUUAUUUGUUUUUUCACACCUUUAUAUUUAUCUCACAUCCAUUGAUUCUUCAUUCCUUUCAUUCCUUUCAUUCCAUUCCUUCACUGCACUCUUCCACAUUGACCACAACACCCACACCCACACUCUCAAUCGAUCGAUCAAACACCAUGCCACACCUCAUCAAGACAAGACCCUCAACUACUGGCCCCGCUACCGCCGGGAUAGGAACACCUUCCGCCACCUCGACUACCGCAGCCUCAACAACAUCCAACAAGCAGCACCUCUCCCUACUCACCACGGACCGAUUGGACUCCUCCGACUACUCCUCUGACUACUCAAGUUACUCUGACUCUGACCUUAGCGAUACUGACACCGACACCUCGCUCUCCUCUCCAACCUCACCCCAGCACCGCCUCUCCAAGAAUAAGAAGUAUCGUCGGCGAGACAUCUUCUCCACCCUCCCAGCCCCUAUCCUCCAACAAAUCCUCUCCCGUCUGCCUCCCUUCCAAAUGCUCACCAUCUCCGAACUUUCCCGCAAGUUCUACAACCUCGUUGUCCACAGCCAAGAGAUGAACGAGGUCUGGUUCCGACUGAUGAAAUUCGAAGAGACCGAAGAAAAGAAGCGCCUGGAUUGGUACAGACAGAAGAAACUUGAGCAGGAACUCCGUAGUACCGGAAAUACCCUGACCUUCGGAGGGGGUGGAGUCGCCAUGGGACGGUCGUUCUCGAGCUCGUCCACCUGCUCGAACAUGUCGACGGAUGAGCCCAUCAUGUCGAAACAUGCGCAGCGGCUGUUGUACAAGAAACAGGAGGCUGCGGGCAAGUCUUCAGGGGGGAUGACGGUCAAGCCCAUGAAGCGUUCGGAUAGGAAGAAGAAUUGGUGCAAGAUCUAUGUGGAUGCUAUCCUCCGCGGUAACAGCGAAGAUCCUAUGGAGGCCUUGAGUAAGGUCGUGCCUGGUUCCUCGAAGCGCCCCUCAAAGUUCCAGACCAUUGUCCUGAACGAACCUCUACCCGAGGAACAUUUCCGCGAGUACCGAAACGGCUCCAUCAAUGACGACAAUGACGAGAACGACAAGGACAAACCGCUGUCACGCGAAGCCAAGACCCAGGCGAAGCUCGAAAAACGGAUGUAUUACAAAUCGAUCCGUUCGAAACCCAAGGGCAAGAAGGCGGGACAGUUGGACUCGGCUGCGGCUAAGGUCGAGAAGAUCGCGCCUUGGAGACAACCCGAGUGGAGUGAGCAGGAUCAGCUCGAAGCUGGCGAUUACUGACGAAUGACGACAGACAGACAGACAGACAGACAGACAGACAGACAGACAGGCAGGCAGGCAGGCAAGCAGUAACGACAGUAAUAU